UUUUCCAAAUGGGGGUUGAAAAAAGGGGUGAAUAUUUAAAAGGUUCAACAGGUGGAGGGGAACAGGUAGUGGACAGGUCCUUUUGAACUUUUUUUUUUUCUGUUGGUCCUGUUGAAUUUUGAUGUCCACCCUCACUGAGGUCUUUCAUCAGCCCUUUGUUUUCACCGUUGUUUACAUCGAUUAAUCAAUUCUAAUGUUUUAUGCGAAUUUUAUAAAAUAUGGAAUCGGACAGUUUAAACGAGAUCGAGUCGGGGGACCUGGUGUUCCUCGACAACAACCAACUCACCCAACUGCAAAGCCUGACGAAUUGUUUGGAGUUAGACCCGAUUCUGGAACAAGAAUCACCCCCACAGUUAAGUUGCGUUACGCUGGAUGAUGAACCUUUGUGCACCUUAAAAUCUAAUGGGUUUUCCAAUUUUAAUGACAUAUCUAUUCAACCUGGGAAUCUGGAAAAUAUUGGCUUUCCAAACCAUGAAUUUAUCAUACAAACUGCAAAUCUUAAUGAUAUGUCAAUUAGCUUACCCUCAACCGGAAUCCUCCCAUCACAAGAUGUGUACGAAGGCCCAUAUGGCUUUAGAAUCUCAUUAGACGACCUAGGGAGAGCAGGAAAUUAUUCAAAAAAAUUAAACCAAGUUUUUAUACACAUGAAUAAUGUUUUGAUAGUCCAGUUCAAGACCUCAAUAUCAAUGGAUGGUAGAUUUUUUAUAAGAGCGCUUAUGAUGUACUCAGGCAGUGAAUUUAACAGUGAACCCGUGACCAGGUGCAAUUUACACGCCGUUCUUGACGAUCCCCAUUUGGAAGCACACAAAGAAUUUGGUAUAUGCAAGUGCAUGUAUUAUAAUAAUGCUAGGCAUGUAAUAAGAUCAGAGCUACCAGAUGCGUUUUAUUGCUACGAUCCAGAAAGUAAGAGACACAGCGUGCUCACAAAUGUUGCAAGGCCACAACCUGGUGCAGAUUCAUUUUCUGUCCCUUAUAUCUUUAAAUGCAAGACAAGCUGCAAUUCCAUGCAAAGGAGGCCUGUGAACAUAGUGUUUACACUAGAAAAUGAACUAUUUGAAGUUCAAGGCAGGAGUAUUUUAAAAAUCACUAUAAGCAGCUGCCCAAAACGGGACAAAAAAAUCCAUGAGGGAAAGGGAUCCAGUGACAACUCUCAUAAAAUUAAAAAGGCCAUCAAGGUAGAAACUAAGAAAAUUAACAAGAAGGAAAUGUUCCCCAAGCUGCCUUCAACUGAAAAUUUCUUGAGUCAAGAUCAUUCUGAUAGCCUUUAUGGUUUUAAUGUGUUUUUAAACAACAAAGGGAAAUCAUUUCAUUAUUCGGAGCUGUCAAAUAAAGUUUUUAUAAGUAUGAAUAGUGUUCUGAUGGUUAACUUCAGGAUGCACAGACCAACGAAUAAAAGAUUAUUUAUCAGAGCUGUGAUGAAGUAUUCAGACAGUGAACAUGCGAGUGAACCUGUCGACAGGUGUUUGUACCAUAAGUCGGUUGAUGAUCCACAUUUAGAAGCUCAUGGUGAUAAUUCCUGCAACUGUAACUGUUAUAACAACGCAGGCCAUGUAAUUGCGUGCAAUUUACCCGAAUCUGUUUAUUGUUACGACCAAGGGAACAAGAGGCAUAGCGUGAUCGUCUCUGUUCCUUCGGCGCAACCCGGCACAGAUUCGUUUUCCAUCCCUUACAUAUUUAGAUGUCUUACAACAUGUCCUUCCAUACAGAGGAGGCCAGUUAAUGUUGUCUUUCUCCUUGAAGAUGAAUGGUGUGAAGUACUAGGGAAAAAGAUUUUACAAGUGAAAAUCUGUGCGAGUCCCAAACGUGAUAUGCGAAGUCAUGAGGCUAGUUAUAUGAAGGAAGCGAAUAAUGCUGCCAUGUUGUGCCCAAAGGCACCAAAAAGAGUCAUGUCUGAAACAGAACGGCAUCAGAUGAAAAAAAUAAAAACAGAAUCUGCGUCUGACAAUAGUAACGAAGAAUUUGUUCUAACAUUUGCCAAAAAUGUCAACUCUUUACUUCAGACUCUAGACAAAUAUCAAGAAAAGGACAUGCUCAAUAGCCAGCAUGAAAAGAUGGUAAUCACUGAGCAGCUCAACUUGGACAAAACUCGUGUCAAAGAAAAUUUGGCAUUUUUUAAGAAUCUUUUAUAACUUGUAUUAUCUGUCUAUCUCAAGGUUUCUUACCUGUGCUGUGCCAUGUUUUGAUAUAAACAAUUUUCAUUUAUUGUCAUUUUACUUAAGGAAUAUGUUAGACUUAUUAUUUUGUUUUUUUAAACAA